UCAACGCGCCCGCCUAGCAGCGCGCGUCGGCGCGCAUUUUUCACUUUGCUCAGUUAUCGUGCGAGGCAUCUAAUUUUAUCUUUGACUUGAGCUUUUAGCCACACUGAUUUUAGCUUUGUUUUAACAUGGUUUCCGAGGACGACAUUCUCGCUUUGAGUGCGUGCAAGUCCCUGAAAGAUGUCAAGGUGUUGGACUUGAGUAACAGGGAGCUGCGUGUCCUGGAGCCAUGCAACUUCCGAGGGUUGCGCAACUUGGAGUGCCUGGACCUGUCCAGAAACUCUCUGAGGACCCUCCCCGACUUGGAACUCCCCAAGCUGCGGAGUCUCAACGUCGAGGAGAACCUCAUCCAGGACCUGACCUUCUUGAAGAGUUACCCCAACCUCACCGAACUGAUGGUUACGGGCAAUCCGAUUGUUUCCGCAGACAGAAACAUUGCUGUGUCGCUGCUACCCGAACUGGCUUCCCUGGACGGGUCCAGCUGCAACCCGUUGAGAAAACUCGAAGCCUGCGGCGACAAGAAGCUCUUGCCUCAAAUCGCUAGCAUGUGGGAGGUCUACUUUCAAGGCAGGCUGGGUCCUGACAUGAGUGACGAUGACGUAGCUGUGCUCAAGAAAGACUUUCUGAGGCAGCUACGUCGAGCAAACGUUGAGUGCAACGAGUUCCCGCCCAAGUUCAAGAAGUUUAAGGUCGAGUCUCUUGGAGAAGAGAUCUUCAAAGAAAAGGUCUCUCAGCUUAAAAACCGCUCGCUGAGAACUCCCAGGAAGAAUGCCGAAGUCUGUGGCGCAAGUUUGGUUUCAUCUCCCAGAGUUUCCCACAAGCUUUUAUCGACUCCAAAGGAGAGUUCAACUCCUUCCAAGCUUGCAUCCCCCACGAAGCGGUCAUGCCCCAACGGCAAUCGGAAAGAGACGACCCCGUUGAAAGCCUACCUCUCGAGCAAAGGUUCUUCCACCACAUCCAAUACUUGUGAACUACAAUGUUCUCCGACGAAAAAGGUCAAGGCCCUGGAAGCUCAAGCUCCAAAAGCACCCAGAAAGAGCCUACAAAAAGCAUUUUCUAAAGAAGAUGCUCGUCAGAAGGUCAAGCGUACCAUAAAAGGAGCUAAAGUGUUUGCAUUCCUGCGCUGUCACUCGUUGGAUCCAAAUGACUCCGGCACCCAAGUCUGGCAAGCUGGCUUUGAACCGACCCACGCCGCUAUGGGGACGUCGCAGAGUGUUUUUGCCACUUGUGGCGGGAGGAUUGUGAACUUCGUUGACUGCAGCACGGGCACGGUCGUGAAGCGCUACAGGCACUCAAAUCCCAAAGAGGAGUUCUUUUGUCUGGCAUGGAGUGUGCUGCCUAUCGAGGGCCGGCCCAGUGCGGUGCUGGCCGUGGCGGGAAAGGCGUGCCAGGUGUCCCUGAUUCAUCCAGAACAGCUCGUCUGCUACCACUCGUUCGACGCUCACAAGAAGCACAUCAACUGCCUCACCUUCUGCCCCCAACACCCCACCUGGCUCUUCAGUGGCAGCACGGAUGACACGAUCCACCUGUGGGACAUUGGAGCCCCGACAGUUCCCAGCUACAGCACCAAAGUCGAGAAACUGCUGACGCUACUGCCCAAGUACGAAAUCCUGCAGCUUCAAGUGAGCAGCAAGCAUCGGUUGUUGUUGGCGGCCUGCCACGGCGGACUCUUUGCAUGGGACUUUGACGAGGGUUCCCUCGUGAAGACUGACAGAUCUCCUUGCGUGCAAUUUGAGCUGCCUGGAAAAGAUGGAAUUCGUGUAGAAAGAGAACCGGUUGUCGAUGGUUUGGUAUUGACAUCUGACGACAUAGUCGUGAGCAAGUGUUCGGGCAGCGGCAUGAUAGGCAGGUGGAGCCUGUCUGCCAACCUCAAGUCUCGGGACAGGCACGCCCGUAAGGUGCAGAGGCUUCGUGUGAGCUACGAGCAGACCUGUCGCUGGAGCGACACGCAGGUGGACUACUUCUACCCUUCUGCAACAACAGAUAUUGUUGCCUGUGGCGACGAUGCUGGUGCUAUCUGGCUGUACGACUUGGCAAACGGUGGAGACACGUUGAUGCCACCGUUGAAGACGUUGCACUGGCCCACUACCCUGGAGAGCAAGGGCUUUUCGGUGGACGAAAAGGGUGGGAAGAUCAACGUGAAUGCUGUGUGCCUCAGCCCAGACGGGCAGUUCAUUGUUGCGUGCACCGACAUAAACAUUGUGUGCAUUUGGAAGACUGUGCACUGAAAAUCAUCAUCAUCAUCAUCACGCUAGCUGCAAGCAAAAUCCACUUUUCACUUCUGGACAAAGCCAAAACUCGGUGAGAAUGAAGCAAGAUACAGGCAACCUGGUCGUUCAGGAUGUCAUCAACCAAAAAAAAAGGGGUUCUCAUUGGCAACUUUUAUUAUAUCCAGUAAACAGGUAUCAUACAUAACUAGGUGUGCUUUAACGAUACGGUACAAAAUAUCACAAUAAACUGUGCGCAGGUGAAUUGUGCACAUUUCAUUA